AUGAAAGAAAGAGGCAAAGCCGUGGAGAUGUACAGCAAUGAUUUGUUUGAUCAAGAUUACAGUACUUCAUCAGAUCUUCCAUGCAAGAAACACCCAUCAUCAUCUUCAGUUGGUAUAUGUGCUCAUUGUCUGAAAGACCGUUUGGUCAAUCUAGUAUGUUCAGAUUGUGGAGAGCAAAGGCUCUCUUCUUGCUCUUGCUCGGAGAUCUCUUCCAAUCGUAAUUCAUGCACUGUUGAGGUAGGCAGUGUUGGUCGCAUUUCAUUCUUGAUAGAAAAUGAAAAACAAAAAAACGAUCAAGUCUCACAGUCUAGUAAUAGUACUUCUAAGCCCAAAAGUUCUAGUAAGGAUCAGAAAGGAGAUGAACUUAAUUUCAUGCUCAAGAGGAGCAGCAGUAGCUGUGUUGAGAUCAAGAGGAAAAGUGGGUUUUGGAGGUUUGGAAGGCUGUUUAGUAAGAAAAGAGGGAAGGGCUGUGAUAGGAGCAGUGUCGGGGGUUUCGAAGAGAAAAGUGAUGUGUGGGUUGUUGAUUACAUGGGUGUGUCUAGGUGCAGGUCUCUCUGCAGUUUUAGAGGUGGUGGGUUUUUUGGUUCGGAAGAUGGCACCUUUUCAGGUGCUAGGAGUUCCAUUUCAGCUGCCAGGAGUUCAAUUUCAGCUGCCAGAAAUUCAGGUGUCAAUGGUGGUCUGCUUUUUGAUCCUGACAGAAAAAGUGGGUUCAGUGAGGCAGAGCCACGAAAAAGUGGCUUUGAUGGUGAAAAGAGAGAUGCUCCUGGUACUGCUUUAGAGCCUGAAAGGCUUGAUCCCGGCCACAGUGGACCAAAUACUAGACGUGUAUUUUCACUUAAAGAAGGGAAUUUUACUACAGUGGAUGAUUCAGGCUUCAUUGACUUGAAGUUUGAUUUCCCAUCAGAAUCCAAAGCAGAUUUAUCUUCUGUAAAGAUGGUCUCUUUGUCAGAUUCACACUCUGCUUUGGGGAGCCUGAGAGGUGGUGAUGCGGUGGCGCUGGAUCAAUAUGGAGGGCAUUUUGGUAGUUUAGCGGGAGAUGGGCUUUUCAGUCAUGGGGGUUCCUGCAGGAUCACAGUGAGUGACAGAGGGAUCAAGAGGAGCAGAAAAAGUUUCAAGAGUUGGAGAUGGAUUUUCAGGCAGCAUCCAAGUGCAAAGAAGAAAGAUGAAGACCUUGUGGUCAAACCCUUAGGUUAA